CAUAAAAUGGAUACUACCUUAAUGUUUGUAGCUGUUGGUGAGACCUUGGUAGGGAUCUUAGGAAAUGCAUUCAUUGCAUUGGUAAACUUCACAGGCUGGAUCAAGAGUAAGAAGAUUGCCUCUAUUGAUUCAAUCCUCAUGAGUCUGGCCAUGUCCAGAAUUUGUCUACAAUGUAUCAUCCUAUUAGAUUGUUUCAUAUUGGUAAAGUAUCCAGACACCUACAACAUAGGUAAAGAAAUGAGGAUCAUUGACUUCUUUUGGACGCUCAGCAACCAUUUAAGUGUCUGGUUUGCCACCUGCCUCAGCAUUUUCUAUUUCUUCAAGAUAGCAAACUUCUUCCACCCUCUUUUCCUCUGGAUAAAGUGGAGAAUUGACAAACUAAUUCUCAGGACUCUACUGUUGAGCUUUGUCCUGUCCCUGUGUUUUAGCCUUCCAGCCACUGAGAAUUUGAAUGAUGACUUCAGAUCUUGUGUCAAGACAAAAUGGAUAACAAACUCUACUUUGAGAUGCAAAGUAAAUAAAGCUGGACAUGCUUCCGUCAAGGUAUAUCUUAACCUGGUCAUGCUGUUUCCCUUUUCUGUGUCGCUGCUCUCAUUUCUCCUCUUGAUCCUCUCCCUAAGGAGACACACCAGGCAUAUGCAGCUCAAUGCAACAGGGAACAAAGAUCCCAGCACAACAGCUCACAUAAGAGCCAUAAAAGCAGUAAUCUCCUUCCUUGUCUUGUUUGUUGCCUACUGUCUGGCAUUUCUCAUAGCCACCUCCAGCUACUUUAUGCCAGAGUCUGAAUUAGCUGUAAUUUGGGGUGAGAUGAUAGCUCUGAUCUAUCCCUCAAGCCAUUCGUUUAUUCUAAUCCUGAGCAACAAUAAACUAAAACAGGCCUCUGUGAGGGUGCUUUGUAAAGUAAAGGCUAUGCUAACGGGAAGAAACUGUUAA